AUGUCGGCCUUUUUUCGGUUUGCCAACCGUAGCGCCACCAAGGCUCUGCCGGUAAUGGCUGCAGCUGCGUUGACUUCCUUUGCACUGUCCAGCUAUCAGGGACUCUCAAAUUGUGAAGCGACUGCUAAAAAGAAGGAGAAUGAAUCAUCCUCGUCAUCCUCAAGCAGUACUAGUACCGUCGACAGCACAAGCCCCAAGACUGGCACUGGGAACGCUGGAUUCCAGCGAGAUGCCAAGGGGUAUUUCUAUGACAUUAUCCCCAAUUCACAAAUUUUCCAACCGAAAUUGGAGUGGCCCAUGUACGACGAAAAUUGGGAUGGGAGAGAGCCCAUCCCGUCAGGCAAUGACAAGCUGGACAGGAGAAAGAGGCGGUACCUGAGAAAAUAUGGAGUGACAAGACACAUCAUCCUGGUUCGACACGGUCAAUACGAUGAAACGCACAAGGAAGAUGAAAAACGAAUCCUGACAGAACUGGGGAGGAAACAAGCCAAUGAAACGGGGAAACGAUUAGCCCAAAUGAUUCGGGGUGCCGAAGGAGAUCCCGACAGUCCCUGCAAUAUCAAAAUUGUCCGAGUCUCUGGAAUGGCACGAGCCAAGGAGACUUGUGAUAUCAUUGCUUCUCACUUCCCACAGGUAGAGCGCGCCGAACCAGAUCCAUUGCUCAAUGAGGGAAGGCCAUCACACCACAUUCCAUCUGGAGGCAAAGUCAGCGAUAACACCAUUCACAAGACACAAGAGCAACACGCCCGCAUCGAAGAGGCAUUCCAAAAGAACUUUCACAGGGCAGAUCCAAUUGCAAUGCCCGACGAUGCUCUCUUCUUAGAAAAUGAUGGCAAGGAUGUCCCGCCACCAGAGGAUACUUCCCCCGCUGCAAGACACGAAUACGAAAUCAUUGUGUGUCAUGCCAAUGUCAUUCGAUACUUUUGCCUCAGAGCUCUGCAAUUGCCACCCGAAGCAUGGCUCCGUUUGUGUACCUUCAAUUGUUCCUUGACCUAUCUGACGAUUCGGCCGACUGGUGGGGUAAGUUGCAGGACGCUGGGUGAUGUUGGGCACCUUUCACCGGAAUUGGUGACUUUUUCAGGACACCAUGGGUUCAACUGGUAG